AUGACAACAGCUGCUACUUUCAGCAUUUCAAGGACAGAAAACAAGUUCCUGACUGUCGGCAACGACAGUUAUGGCUAUCUGAAUAGCGUUUUCAACGAUGAAACUUAUUCAACAGGGUGCUUAACGAGAUUUUAUGACAACGAUGUGGGGAUUGAUUAUGGAACAUGUUCGGGAAUAGGGUGUUGCCAGGUCGAAAUUCCUCCUCGUAUGAGGAAUAUCAGUAUAGAAGCAUUGAACUUCCCCGAUUCAACAAAUUACCAGGGCUGCACCUAUUCCUUUGUUGUCAAACAAGGCUCCUAUAGUUUUUCUACCUCUCAUUUAACCAGUUUUCCAAACAAGACGCUUCCUUUGGUUCUUGAUUGGAGCCUAGGAGAAAAUAAUUGUACUAGUUUUGAGAGCAACAGAGGAGAGUACGCGUGCAAGGAGAAUAGCCAUUGCAACGACACAGACACUGACUUUGGUUACCGAUGCACAUGUGAUCAUGGAUAUGAAGGAAACCCAUAUCUUGGCUGCACAGAUAUUUUGGAAUGUUCGACCAGAGAACACAAUUGUAUAAGUGAACAAAAUUGUAGAGAAAUCCCUGGGUCUUUCCGAUGUUUCUGUCUUGAAGGACAAAUCGGAGAUGGAACAAAAGAAGGCGGAGGAUGCCAACCAAAGCACCGAGAUGAUGUAUUUAUGAAGGUCGCCAUUGGUGUAGGUGUAGGAUUAAUUGCACUAUUUAUGGGGACUUCUUGGUUGUACUUGAUAUAUGAAAAAAGGAAAUUCCUCAAAUUAAAAGAGAAGUUCUUUCAACAAAAUGGGGGCCUCAUUCUAAAACAACAACUUUCUACAAAAGAAGGCUUAUCUCGCCUUCCUACAAUUUUCACAGGCGAGGAACUUAAGAAAGCCACUAACAAUUUUGAUGAGGACUUCAUCAUUGGUAAAGGUGGAUUUGGUACAGUUUUCAAAGGAUUUCUCUCAAAGAACAAGAUUGUCGCUAUCAAAAAGUCCAAAAUAGUGGAUCAGAGUCAAGUUGAACAAUUCAUUAAUGAGGUCAUUGUACUAUCACAAAUUAAUCAUAGGAAUGUGGUCAAACUCUUAGGUUGUUGUUUAGAGACAGAAGUUCCUUUGCUAGUCUAUGAAUUUGUUAACAAUGGUACCCUUUUUGAUUAUUUACACAAUGAAGGCCAAGCAGCUAAUGUAUGUUGGAAAACUCGUUUAAGGAUAGCAACAGAAGCAGCUGAAGCUCUAUCUUAUCUACACUCAGCAGCUUCGAUACCCAUCAUCCAUAGAGAUGUGAAGACUGCUAAUAUACUCUUAGAUGACAAUUACAUUGCCAAAGUGUCUGAUUUUGGAGCUUCAAGAUUGGUUCCACUUGAUCAAACUGAGUUGGCCACAAUUGUGCAAGGAACUAUUGGCUAUUUGGACCCAGAGUACAUGCAAACAAGCCAAUUGACAGAAAAAAGUGACGUAUAUAGCUUUGGGGUAGUGCUUUUAGAAAUUCUAACAGGGGAGAAACCUUUCUCUUUUGCCCGCUCAGAAGAAAAACGAAGUCUUACAAUUCACUUUCUAUCUUGCUUGAAAGAGGAUUGCCUGUUUAAAGUUCUUCAAGUGGGUAUUUUGGAUGAUGAAAACAAACAGGAGAUCAUGGAGGUUUCUAUUCUUGCUGCCAAGUGUUUGAGACUUAAAGGGGAGGAAAGACCAAAUAUGAAGGAAGUGGCAACGGAGUUGGAAGGAAUAACACGAAUGGGGAAACACUCAAGGAAUAAUGAAACCCAAAAUUUUGAGGAGAAUCAAUACCUACUUCAUGAGACAUAUAACACUUGUGAACAUGGUGAAAGUAGUAGCCAUCAAAAUACUGGGUAUGAUAGCUUGAGAGAUGUUGAAUUAAUUGACUUCGGUGAUGCAAGAUAA